AUGCGUUCCAUAAUCUUGAUAACCCUCUGCCUUCUAUCCCUGUCAUUCGGUCAGAAUUGUGGUCCUCAGUAUGGAAAUCAAACGUGUGCACCAGGAGAUUGCUGUAGCGAUCAUGGCUGGUGUGACACCGGUCCUGCCUGGUGCGAUCCGACAACCUGUCAAAAGCAAUUUUCCGGCCCUGGAUCUAGCUGUGCAUCCCUAGCCACUCCAGCAUACUUCGCUUCCUCGACAUCAUCCUCUCUCCCCUCAGCAUUGGUGGCUCCUCCCUCCUACGUCUCGACAGUCCCAAACAUCGACGUCUGCGGUCACGCCGUAGGCGGCGUCUCUUGUCCGGGCGCUGGCGUGCCUCCUGAUCCCAACGAGCCAGGAUACUACUACCGCUGCUGCAGUUCCGGUGGUCAUUGCGGCCCAAAGAACAACAUCGAGAGCCAAGAUCUCUACUGCGGCGCCGACACCUGCCAGGUCGGAUUCGGCGACUGCGCGACCAACCGUACGGCACCGCCUCUGCCUUCCGGUCCUCCAACAACGGCGGGCAUGGGCCUGACGUGCGGACCGAUUGUGAAUGCUAAGUGCGGGGACGGGCUGUGUUGCAGCGGGAGCAACUACUGUGGUAGCACGGUGGAUUUCUGUGGAGCGGCGAAUUGGUGCCAGCCGCUCUGGGGCAAUUGCAGUGACUGA